CCACCUGAACAAUGUCCCGCAUUGUACCUAAAAUAUCGUCCAUGUGCAGUUCUGGAUGCUUAAAUGGCAAUGUGCUUUGUCAAGCACUUGCUAUUGUCAGAGGAAUUGUGGAAUCCUGUUAUGGCCCUUUUGGUAGAUUAAAACUAAUUCAUAAUGCUGUUGGAGGCAAUGUUCUAAUCACAUCACACUCUUCUGUCCUUUUGGGUAAUCUUUCUGUGUCCCAUCCUGUGAUAAAGCUGCUAAUAGCUUCUGUGUUGAAUCAUAUUUCUCGAUUUACUGAUUCUGGACUAUUUACAAUGAUUCUAUGCUGUAAUUUGACUGAAAGUGCCAAGCAACUUGACAUACCAAGCAGUCACAUUGUCAACAUCCAGAAAGAUCUUCUGAAUAUUUGCAUGAACUAUCUAAGUUCUGAGGAUUGUAGCUGCAGAAUACAAAUAGAUUUUAGUAACACAAAGAUGUUACUUUCGCUUGUUCGCACAGUGAUAAAUAAACCUACUUGCAUGUUGACCAUCAAAGAAGCUGACUACAUCAGUUCUUUAGUGUUAAAAGCAUUUCUUAAUAUAAUUCCAUCAGUGAUUGGAGAUGACGUAUCCUUGGGAAAGAUGCUGAUUAUUCCCAUUGAGGGACAAACUGUUACUGACUCAUGUGUACUUUCUGGAAUCCUUAUAGAAAUCUUUACAUCUCAGUCAACAAGAAUUGAUACUACAAAGUUGACUUUUGGUUGUAUUAAGAUUGCAGUAUUCAGUGUCUCUAUGUCAGGAGAUGUUGUUGACAGUGGGAAUGGACAUUGGGAGGUGGCACCAGAUUUCUGCCCAGAAGAUGAAUCGCUUGUACAACUGCUGAAGGUGGGAAAGCAGCUAGUUUGUGAUCAAGUUCAUCUUGUGGUCUGCCAGAAAGUAAUUCAUCCAGUUCUAAAACAAUAUCUUCGGGAGCAACAUAUAAUAGUGGAAGAUCGCCUCGGAUUUGCUCUAAUGGAGCCGCUGACUCUAAUGGCAGGUGCACAGCCCAUUAGUUCAUAUUAUCAUCCCAUUUCACCCAGCUGUUAUGGCACCAUUAAGAAUCUGUUGUUUGUGAAGUGUGGUUCCAGACAAUUCCUGCAUCUCGUUCCAUGUGAGAACAAGCCUAUAUGUAGCUUAUUACUAUGUAAUGGAAGUGAAGCUGGAAUGAAUGAGCUAAAGGUUGUCUGUCAAUCAGCAGAAUGUGUCUUGCGACUUGCACUCAAAGAGCCUUUUGCCUUCCUUGGAGGAGGAUGCACUGAAUGCCAUCUAGCUACUAACAUUGGAUACAAGAGCCACUCUGUGACUGACGAUAAAUUAGCAGAGCUGGGCUGCUCCCGUACAGAAUACAGAGUUGUUGCUGAUAGUUUCUGUCGCUCACUGGCACGUACUGCAUCUUCACUGGAACAUGACGGUGGGGAGAACUUCAUUGAUGCCAAGUAUGGCCAUCGUUGGUCAGUCCUACCCAAUAUGCCUCUGCAUACUCACUGGUCAGAGGUAUUUUCUAGAUGUGUCUGUGGAUUGUAUACAGCACAACAAAACCUGAACUGGACUGUUGUAGGUAAUAAGACAACAAUAGUUAGCCUAGAAACGCCACCCGAGAAAUCUAGUGAAUACUCCCCUGAUCAAUUAAUAUUGGACUCAUACAGUGUGAAACUUAAUGCUUUACAAGUAGCAGUAGAAACAGCUAAUUUGAUAGUUGAGUUACAAUAUGUUAUUCAAGAUCAGAAUUAAAUUUUCAUGCCCCAGCUAUAAUUCAAGCCUGAUUUUCUCAUCCAUCUCAAUGCUAGACUUAAAGUACAGCUUUCAACCUAGUGUCGUAGCUGUAAUAAGUUAGAAAGUUGCUCUGGCAAAGUUGUAGAUAAAUAUUGCAAAAUUGAUGUAUAUUUGUCUUUCAUUAUAUAAUUUAAUGCAGUCAAUUUACUGAUUGACAAAGAUAAAGGAUCAGGAUUUAGCAGAUGGUUUGGUUGUGCCAUGUGUUAAUACACCUAUUUUGCAUGUUCAAGCACUAACACACAGCACCAUAUGCUAGGAGGACUAAGUCUUGUUAACUCCUUCAUCGGACCAAAUAAGGCAGAGCAAAUUGGGCUUUAAUGCAAGGAACCAAUAUUUUGAAUACAAUGCAGUUUAUUAUGUCUCUGAACAGUUGGUAAUAAAAGCAUCAAUGAAAGUAGGAAACCAGUUCAUCUGCCUAUGGAGGCAAGAAAACAAUAGUUUCUUGUUCAUUGGAGGGCAAAUGUAAUUCUAGAAUCUUGAGCUGGAUGCACUGCAAUUUUGUAAUGUUUCCCAGAAAUAAUUCUACUCACGCUGCUCUAUUGUGCGUGUAUAAUGCUAACAUCCAUUAAUAUUGCAUUAAGAAAUCUUGUGCUUUUCAUAAAUUAAUAAUUUCAUCAACAAUCUUUAUUCAUUAACAUCUCAACUGGACUUGCAAGAAUUGUAAUUUAGAGUUUGUAGCAGCCUCACUUUUGAAAAAUCUUCUAAAAUCUAAAUUUGAAAAUAAAACCCUUGUAAAGAAUUUAAACUAAAGAGAAAUAAAGGAAAACUAAAAGUAAAAACUUAAGUUUAAUUUGUGAAGAAAUUGAAAAAUAUUGGAUGAUUUUGAAGUUGAUGUCUGGUAAAUAUCACUUUCCUGAUAGAGGAGCGAGACCUAAUAUGGAAAACUAGGUAUGUAUAGGUAGGCUUUUGGAUAAGCUUUAUUUUAUGUAGAAUGGGUAGUUAAUGAGAGCAUUGAAUAGAAGAUUUAUGGAACCAGGUGCUUUGAGAAUUUUCUUAGGAACAAGGGUGAGAUAAGGGAAGAGAUGGAUGUUAUGGAGGUAAAAAUAAACAUACUUAAUGGAUAAUGGGGUUUGAAGCUAAUCUAUUUAAUCUGAAGGAGCAUCUGAAGAAGUCAUUGAAAUCAGAGGCUAAGGUUUAAAGGUUUAUGUCAAUGCCAAACAGGAUAUCAUUUGUUUUGCCAGUGUUCAGUUGUCAGUGUACCUUCUCAGUGUUGUACAAAGUUUGCUUGGCUAUGAAUACUGGACAACAUAUAGUUCAAGUGUAUUUUUGGAAAUUAUAUACCACUGAUCAUUGGUUUAAAUUCAUUGGAAUACUUAUAUAGGAGAUUCUAUACAAAUUUUGCACAUAAGUUCAUGGAAAAAUGUAUUGGGAAAAGUCUGACAUCACUGCUGAUCAAUGGUUAAUGUUUGUUUAAUGUUUAACUGAGGUUUCCAUAAAGUUCACAAGCUUAAAUGUUUGAUAACCUGGUUUUAGCAAACCUUUCUAAGCUCUCAAACAAGUAAAAUCAUUUAAAAUCGUUUGGUCAAAAUUUGUUGACUGAAAUCUGUUUAUAAUCGCAUUUGUCUGUUAAUUGAUUACCUUAAUUUAAUUUUGAUAGAGUUAAUGUUUGAGAGGUUGGUAAUUAUUGCCUUUUGUUCUGUUUCAUAUAAUCUCCAGAGCUAAUUAUGGACAAUCAUCCAAAAAGUUGACUCUGAUAUUUUCUUUGCAAGUUUAGCCACUUGUGCAUCUAUGUAUAAGGCACAA